AUAUAUAUAUAAAUACUUAUAUAUAUAUAUAUUUUUUGUUCGCGUCCGCAUCGAAACCUAAAAGAUGUUGAGCAGAUUGCGGAGCGGUAGCAUCAGGAAUCUGGAUCGGGAAUACGACUGCACUGUGAGGCUUCUGGACGACACGGAAUAUACCUGUACCAUCCAGAGGGAUGCCAAAGGUAAUUACCUCUUAGACCUCAUCUCCCAUCACCUGAACCUGCUAGAAAAGGACUACUUCGGAAUCAGGUUUGUGGACCCUGACAAGCAGAGGCACUGGCUGGAUAUUUCCAAGUCCAUCAUUAAACAGAUGAAAUCUCAGCCCCCCUACACCAUGUGCUUCCGAGUCAAGUUUUACCCCACUGACCCCUCAGCCCUGAGAGAGGAAAUAACCAGGUACCUCGUCUUCCUUCAGAUAAAGAGAGAUUUGUAUCACGGACGCCUCCUAUGCAAGACCUCUGAUGCAGCUUUGCUGGCGGGGUAUAUACUUCAGGCUGAAAUCGGGGACUACGAUCCGGGCAAACACCCGGAGGGUUACAGCUCCAAGUUCCAGUUCUUUCCCAAACAUUCCGAGAAGCUGGAGAGGAAGAUCGCCGACAUCCACAAAGCGGAACUCAGUGGGCAGUCUCCUGAUGUAGCAGAGUUGAAUUUUCUCAAGAAAGCUCAGUCUUUGGAAACGUAUGGAGUGGAUCCGCACCCAAGCAAGGACGUCUCGGGAAAUGCAGCGUUCCUGGCCUUUACUCCGUACGGAUUCGUGGUGCUUCAGGGAAACAAGAGGGUUCAUUUUAUCAAAUGGAACGAAGUGACCAAGAUGAAGUUUGAGGGAAAAACAUUCCACAUUUAUGCAACUCAAAAAGAGGACUCGAAAAUAAUCCUGACGUAUUUUGCACCGACUCCUGAAGCGUGCAAACACAUGUGGAAAUGUGGGGUGGAGAACCAGGCAUUUUACAAGUUUGAAAAGUCCAGUCAGGUGAGGACAGUAUCCAGCAGCAACCUGUUCUUUAAAGGAAGUCGGUUCCGAUACAGUGGCAGAGUGGCCAAGGAAGUCAUAGAGUCCAGCGCCAAGAUUAAACGUUCCCCGCCCGAAAUACACAGGGCGGGGCUGGUCCCCAGCCGGAGCUGUCCCUCCAUUUCCCACGGCUCGAGGAUAAGCAGCGUUCCCAGGACCCGCCGGAGAGCUGUCCACAUCUCCAUCAUGGAAGGUUUAGAGUCGCUCCGAGACAGCGCCCACUCCACCCCUGUGCGUUCUACGUCCCACACCGAGUCCUUCGGAGUCCGAGCCAGCAAGUACCUUGGCGCGGAGGGCUGCGAGCGGUCGUUUGUGAUCGCCGACGAGCUGUACAGCCCGGCGGACAGCGUGCUCCCCACCCCGGUGGCCGACCCCAGCCUGGAAUCACUGCUCCCCAGACAGGGCAACGGCAGCCCCCACAACCGCAGCAUCGAGGAGGAGAGAAACUGUGAGGCUGAUGCCUCCGCAGGGACUGAGGACCUGGCUAGAGCGGGCGGUGCAUUGCCUCAAGAGCUUAGCCCCGGGCCAGAGACAGAACAGGUGAAUACAUUUGUUUUAAGUGUGGUCCGCUUGCUGCUUGUGACUAUUGGACUCCUCUUUGCCUUGCUUCUCCUCCUGAUAGCCCUGACAGAGUCAGAUAUUGACCUAGCUUUUUUACGCGAUAUACGACAGACCCCAGAGUUUGAACAGUUCCAUUAUGAAUACUUUUGUCCCCUCAGGCGAUGGUUUGCCUGCAAGGUACGGUACCUGCUAAGCCUUCUCAUUGACACCUGACAUCUCUGACCUGAGCUAUCGCCCAGGAGAAACUCAGAAGAACAUCAUGGCGCCAAGUGUCUGCCAGUGUGGGCAAAUCCUAUCUCCCUCCCCUCUUGUGGCACCACCGUCAGGCUUUAGAGAUCUGUCUUUCUUGGACGGCUCGAACUGUGAAGGACGUCAGAGUCCAUCAAGAUUCCGAGGAGAAAAAUAUUUUUUUGUUUCGAGACAAAAAUAGUAAGGAGAACCCAUCUUGAAGCCCCUCUCUCAACCCACUACCCCCCACCCCCUCUUUACCCCCCAAGGCCCUUGUCUCCACUCCUCUCCUCUCUCCUCCCUGUGUCAGAACACUUCUCAGAUUUAGUCGUGCUUAUAUAAAAACUGUUAGAAUUAACGAGCGAUUAACCAUUAGCCCCUAUCUCCCACCCCACCCCCCCACUCCCGAGAAACCAGUAAAGUGUGGAGUUUUCGUUCUAGUGAUGUUCAGAGAUGUUAUAUUUCCAGAUUUUAUUAAAAAGAUAAAAGACUUUACCUCUCUCCCCCCCCCCCCCCCCACCACCUGCCCCAACCAACGUGAUAAUGAAUAUUUAGCGAACAGAUGUUAUUUGAACCUCAAUGUUUAAUAUAUUGAAUAUCCAGUGGUUGUAUAGACAGGCACUUGCCCUCUGAACAGAAGUAUCUUCAUGUUAUACAUGUUUUUGUUUGAUCAUCGUUUUGCUGGUCGGAUUUCAACAGUUUGCCAGAAAGAAAGGUGAAACCCAAUUGCUGUGUGAGUGAUCGUAUUUGACAUACGGCUUUCUGGGAUGUCCUUUGAAAAGAGAAGCUUGAUGGAUAAACCACAUGAAGGUUUUUUACUCCCCCCAACCCCAUCCACCCACCCACUACCACACACACACACACGGAUCCGAGUGACUUAACGCAAAAACAAUAUGUCAAGACACACCGAGAGCGUUUGCUUCAGUUUACAAUGCUGCUGCUGAUCGACUGGCGUCCUCAAUUGGAAUAAAGAGAAUGAAGGAAGUUA